AAUAGGGGAGACUACUGUAAGGUCUUCCACAUUAACAGUCCAAAAAAGUGUGGAAAGUUUUAAAACUGAUGGACAAAAAGGCAAGACGGAUCAUCAGCCAACCAAGAAAUCACCUUAUCAGCGGUCGUCAGUGAGAAGUAUACAGGAGAUGUUGGGAGAGAAUCCAGAAGAUUCAGGGAAGGUGUCUUCUGUUUCUCAUAUUGCUCCUCAACCAUCAGAGACGAAGGUUACAUUGUCCAGUCACAUUCAGAAGCAAUCGUCAUUGGAUAAAAAACAAGAAUUACCUACACAGAAGAGUGCAUUGGAAGUAAAAAGAGUGCCAGCUACAGCAACACAAGAGGCUUUGUCACAGGAGGAUCAGAAACAGUCUGUCUCCAAGUUCUCCAAGGAUGUAUCUGAGAAGCCAUUGACCAAUCAGAACAAGGAUGUUAAGGCAGUGGUUAGGUCUCAGAUUGCAGCAGGUGAAUCUAAUAAAUUGGAAACAAAGCCGGUAGUUCUGGAUCAAAAUGUACUUCCACCUUCUAAACCAAAGACUGUAACUCAAGUUAAACAAAAGGAUCCUGUCUCAGUGGAAGAGGUGAAACCGGCAGUGCAGGUGGCCGCUAAAGAUGUGAAGCCAGCGAUGUCUGUCCAGACUUCCACAAAAGGUGUAAAGCCAGCGAUGUCUGUCCAGACUUCCACAAAAGAUGUAAAGCCUGCGAUGUCUGUCCAGACUUCCACAAAAGAUGUAAAGCCAGCUAUGUCUGUCCAGACUUCCACAAAAGAUGUAAAGCCAGCGAUGUCUGUCCAGACUUCCACAAAAGAUGUAAAGCCAGCGAUGUCUGUCCAGACUUCCACAAAAGAUGUAAAGCCAGCUAUGUCUGUCCAGACUUCCACAAAAGAUGUGAAGCCAGCUAUGUCUGUCCAGACUUCCACAAAAGAUGUGAAGCCAGCGAUGUCUGUCCAGACUUCCACAAAAGAUGUGAAGCCUGCGAUGUCUGUCCAGACUUCCACAAAAGAUGUGAAGCCUGCGAUGUCUGUCCAGACUUCCACAAAAGAUGUGAAGCCUGCGAUGUCUGUCAAGACUUCCACAAAAGAUGUGAAGCCACCAGCCCCUGUGCAGGCUUCCUCUAAAGAUGUAACACCAGCAGCACCUGUCCAGACGGCUGCUAAAGAAGUGACGCCAGCGACAUCUGUUGGGACAGUGAAAGUUGACAAGCUGUCAUCGUCUGCUCAGCCUGUGGUGUCUACAACUCAGCUACAGGUCAAAGCUACAGACACCAAGAAAGAGCAGAAGGUCGCUGCCUCCAGGAGAAGUCCUGACAAAAGAGUGAUAGCCAGUGCCAGGGAGGUGAACCGGUCCUCUGACAGGAAGACUCCCUCAUUGGAACACACAGAUACCAAUAAGUCUGUCCCAGUGGCUUAUGAACCAGAAAGUUCUAGUAAAGUGUUGGAUUCUAAACAAGUUAGUGUACCUUCUAAAUCCUCAGAAGUGUCUCAAGAUUCAAACAUCAAAUCGGUAUCAACAGCAAAUAUAAGUGUAUCAGCUACUAAGAUGGAGACAAAACCAUCUGAUUCAUCUAAGAAAGGGAAAGAAAGCUCUUCUUCUGUGAAACCACAAAUGAUUGAGGCAUCAGACAUCGUAACAAAACCAAAAGAGGGUACAAAGCCAUCUGAUAAAGCUAACGAAACUCUUACUGCACAGCAAUCUAAACCUUCAUCUGCUUCUUCACAGGAGAAAGAGGGUGAUAAGAAAUCCAGGAGGUUAGAUCGCAGUAGGAGUCGAGAUAGAAAGAGUGUGGAACGACAAGCCAGCACAGAUGCCAAGUCAAAGUUGGAAGCAAGAAUUCAGAAAAAGUUGGAGGAAAAAUCUCGCUUAAAUGAGAGGGAACUAGAACGAAAAUACAAGAAGCCUUCAGAGGGUGACAAAUCCCUGAGUGUGACAGCAACAGAACGUAAACAGGGUUCAUCAGAUGAUAGUUCUUCUAAAGAAAAAGGCAGAAGCAGACGUAUGUUGAAAAAAACAGGGGAGAAAUCAGCGGAAUAUAGACGGAGUCGAUCUGUGGGAGAAAAGGACACUAAGUCUCCCCGAACUCCCUUUUAUGGGAAAGCUCCAACCAAACCUGUCACUCCACAGGAUAUAAAACUACUACUCGCGAAGUCACCCGACUUUAAUCUGGAUGAUUUAUUACUAGAUAAUGCGGAGUAUUUAUCUGACUCGGAACUACUCGCCAAGGCAAUGUCUAAAGAUGGUGGAAGUGAUACCUCCAAGGAGAAAAAAUCAGGAUCUAAAGUUAAAAGGGUGUUACGCAAGAAAGACUUACAACGGAGUAAAUCUGAUACUUCUCAGAUGAUGGCUAUCGCUGAAUCUAAGAGAUUCGGUAAGGUUGGUGAUGGAGACCCAGUAUCAGCUGACAACAGACAGGAACGUUCUGCUGCGGAGGCUGCUGAUAACUCCACAAUAGCUGUACAGUCUAGUCACACAAAACAGGUGUCGCCAGUCGACACACAAUCGCACCAGUCUAGUUAUCAAGCCAAGAAAACACAGUCUCAUCUUGUCACACAGGAGAAAAGUCCAGUGGAAGUGUUCGCAAAACAAUCUGUGGAAAAAUCUAGUGAUUUGGAUACAAAAGGGUUAAGUAAAGGGAAAGUGAAAGUAGAUGAAAGUGAAAGUAGGUCAAUUGUAAAACCAUACUUAUUGGAUAGUUCUGGUAAAAGUGGAUUAUUACAAGAAAAUAUAAAAAUGGAAUCGGAGGUAACAGGUGGUGGAUUACGAGUCACAACCACGGACAGUGAUAGUAGUUCAAAGGUUCAAAGGUCAAGUUCAGACAAAAGGAGGCGGAAAGAUAAAUCGGCCGCAAGGAAAUCGGCUUUGAAUGCACCAAAUUCAUCAGUCGCAGAUGUUGGAAGGAAAGCAUUGGAAGGAAGGAAUGAAGACAGAUCAUCAGUAUCCUCUAAAGAAGAUUCUACAUCGUCUGAAUACCAGUCGUCAAAAUCGGGUGCGUCCUCGCGCAAUCCCCUCCACACACCCCAGCAUGGCCUUAAUAGUGCACGUCCAUCUAAUUCACACACUGAAGAGCAUGCCCAGCCCAGAUCUUCUGUGCUCGACAAACUGCUGCCGUCACGUUUUAAUAUACCGUCAAAGGUGUCGUCUGGAAUUUCCAUGUUUUCUAGUGAUAGUGAUCGUUCCCGUGACAACAGUGUUACUACAAAACAAGUGGAGGACAUCAAUAAAUCGCCUAAAAGAAUUGCUAGACAGAAAGAUUUCUCAUCUCUUUUACAAAAGUUCUCCAGCUCUGAGCAGUCCAGCUCGGAGUCUGAACCAGUCUCAGUGUCACCAAGGCGUAAAUUUAGUCUACGUAGGCAAGAAGCUUGUGCCGUAACCAGUAGUGAUGAAUCAAACACAGAGAGGACGCGGCGUACACCUGAACGAACUCAAAGUCUUCGUGUGCGUAAUAGCCCGGUGUCUGAGGAUCGUGUUAUAUCCACAGUUCAAAGGUCUGGGAGUUUUAAGUCUGAUUUCAUGCGGAGGCAAAGUCCAAGUUCUACGGAGAGAGUUCCACUUCCUGUGGUGUCUGCUGGGAAAUCUGAUGACACUUGGAAUGAGCACAUGGACAAACCUUCGCCAGAGUUGGCGGCGGUGCUCAGCAAGAGACAAGAAGUUGUGACUGUCCAGCAACAGGAAGGUGAACAAAUUGAGAGAGAUAGAAUCACUGAUAAAAGUAUUGAGAAAGAUUCGUCUAGGAUUUAUGUGCCUGGUGUAAGUGAAAAUAUUGUAGACAAAGAAGUGGCAGCCAUCUUGAAUACCAGGCGAAAAGAAAUGGAUGUCAUGACAUCCGAGGUGCUAGCACCACCUCAUUUGGAUUUGUCCGAGUUGUCAGUGACUCCUGAUAAUAAGUCUGACAUAUCGCAAACAAAAUUCAUAUCAUCUGUACAAACAUCAAAUGUCAUAUCACGCGAGGACUCGUUAUCUCAAUUAGAUUCUAAGCAAAUUAAAAUGUCACCUCAAACCAAGGAAGAUAUAACGAAAAUGGAACGGGGAUCUCCAGAUGGAGAGAGUACUGUUCGGAUGGAUAUUUCUGCUAUCGAUACAAGCCUUGCCGUCCUUGAUAAAGUCACAGCAGACAUUGAUCAUAUAUGUGAAUCAAGUGGGGAUUUACAAUCGAAAUCUCGAUCUAGUGAUCAAAAUCUGACCUCGUCAUUGAGUAAAUUACAUGUAGAAAGUUCCGCCGAUGUAGCUCAAUUUAUAAACACUGUUCAGAAAGAGGCUGCUAGCAGUGAAAAGGCAAUCGUACCGCAAGAACAGACUGCUACUGAUAAAGUCACUGCAAAAGUUAUACGAAGGGCUUCCAUCGAAAAAUCCAAGGAGAUCUCAAAACCAAUGGUGAGAGCUGUCAUCGAGGGCCCCAAAAAGGACACGCAUGAUAAGACUACAGAAGGGAGGUUAUCUCCCUUUAGAGAUCGUGUUUCCUCCGCCGGAAAGAAAUUACAACCUUCAGCCUCACUUUCAUUAAAGAGAACACAAUCUCUAGGUAAAGUAGAUAUUUCUGAACAAAAACUAAAAGGAAUACUUAAACGAACUCCCUCUCUGAAACAGACUUCAGGUGUCAUAGUAGAUGCAGAGCUUGCGAGUAUACUAGAGCGGCGGCGGGCACAGGAAGGAGACGAGGAUGAGGAUGGGGAGAAAAAAGUCCUCUCUGCCAAGGAUGACAUCAAAGAAACUUUGAGACGUGAACGUAAACAUCGCGGAGACAGUAUUGGUGAGGAUGAAAAUGGAACCACACAACCAGCAGGAGGUGUGUCUAUGGCCGAGAGGAUUUAUAACAUGCAAACACGUCUGGAGGAAAUAAAAUCAUGUCCCGUAACUCCUAAAGCUAAAUCGGGCACUACUACACCAAAGUUUUCAUUUAAAAGAGGUGAGAGUCCGAAGACUUCGGGGAGUUUUGAAUUUUCUUCCGACCAGCCUUCUGUAUCGGGAGAGCUGUUGAUGGAAAGACUGAGCAGUCUUGCUGACAAAGGGAAAUCUGUGACAUCAAAACGUAAACAGUUUCAGGAGAGUAAACGGGAGGACUGGAGACGACGCACGCAGCCAGUCACAUUAGAGGAAAUCCAGGAGGCUGAUAGCUUAGAGUCAGUGAGAGCGUUUCGAGCCGAAGUGCUUCGUAAGGCCUCAACCAAUGUCUUCCAACAAUCUCAAAAACAGAAAUCACUUCCCACCAAAAAGACAGAAUUUCCACAUCCAUAUCAUCGUUUAAAACCAAACAAGUCGAGAAAAGAUCGACACAAGACUCUUCCAAUCACUGCAGCGGAAUUAAGCGCCAUUCCAGAAGGUCAAACAGGUGAAUUUGUGACCUUUAGAACAAAAAAAGAUAGUAACGGAAAUCGAGAUUCAAAAACAGACUCUGGAAUUCUUUCUGACGUUGAAGUUGAUUCUCAGUUCUCGGACAGAAUGUCCGACAGUUUACGGAGUCUCAGUGUCGAAACAGACUUAAACGAUGACGACCCAGCUAGACUUAGUGUGUCGGCAAAGGCUUCAAUAUUUAAACAACAAAUUGAAGAGAAGUCAAAAUCGGCCAGUGGGGCUAAAAGAUACAUUGACAGGAAAAAACGGGAAAGGUCAAGGACACAACCUGUGACUGAAGACGAGGUAAAAAUAGCCGCAACCAUGGGCGACGAAGGGACAGAGGAAAGUGAAGAAAAGGCUGACGAGGAAAAGAAGGAUCACAAGAAAGAGGAAAAAGAAGAUGAUAAAGAGGAUGUGGAGGGAAAAUCACAUAUUGGAAAUGAAUCUGAUGAGGCUGAUGUUUCCAGAUGUAGCCUAGCAGAGAAGGUAAAACUCUUCUCGAGCUUAAAGGAGGAGGAGAAGAAAGCGCCAUCGAAGGCACCAGUCUUACGGAGGAGGAAUCGUAAGGUCGCUUCUAGGUUCAACACACAGCCGGUGACUAUUGAAGAAGUUGAGAAAGCUGCAGAGUAUAGAAUCUCGCCAUUAGCCAUGAGCCUUGUGAAGCCCCCUGACCCAGAGGUCCUCAAAACCCUGCCAGUCAGUGCUCAACGAGACCUUAUAGCCCAACAUGCUGAGAUGUGUCUGUCCACCCCGUCCUCACGGUCAAGCUCACGCCAUGGGUCUAUGAUGGACCUAGCGGCUGGAGGAUCCCAGAAGGGGUCGACAACUGACCUUGGGACUCGAUCCCAGUCAGGUACAUUGGCAGACCAAGGCAAAGGUUCAACUCCAGAUCUACGGAAAACUUCUCAAAAAGGAUCAUCUUCAGAUGUCAGCAAUGUCUCCACGUCAGAUCUGGUAGAGGACAAAGGAGUGCAACGCUCUGAUUCCAUGAAGGACUCCAAAGAUGUAAAAAGUAUUUUGAAAUCAGAUACAAAAAGUCCAGAGAGGGAUAUUCGUGGAAUUCUCAAAUCUGAUGUAGAGAAAGAGCAAGAAUCUCAUUCAGAACCUAAAAGUAUCUUAAAACCCCAGGAGAACGACUUGGUGGUCAGUAAGGAGUCGGGUGAACCCCACAGUAUACUGAAACAGGACGAUAGUGACAAGUUGGCUAAUGUUACGGAUAGGGAAAUUCCAAAACAAAGUGAUGAGGAGGUGGUUUCCAAGGUAACCGCUUCCUCUGCAUUGGAUGAAGAUCUUAAAGGCAUUAUUAAGCAUGAAUCCACGUCAGAAAAUGUCAAAGAUGUUGUAGAAAAAACAAAUAAAGAUAGCUCUGAUGAAAAAUCUGAACCUCGAGGAAUUCUUAAAAAGGAAAGUAGUUUUGAAGUGAAGAAAACAGAACCGGAUAAAAGUGUCCUAAGGAAAGGCCCUGUAAAAGACAAAGCGUUCCUGAACGAAUUACGAGGUAUAUUAAAGAAAGAUUCGUCAGAAGAAAGUAUGGAGGUAAAAGAUGAUGGUGAAGAAAAGCCAGAAGUGUCGUCUGCUCAUGAGCAAGUGUCAACACCUAUUGUGGAAAAUGGUAGCACCUUGAAGAAGGCAACAGAUGAUGAGAAAUCCAACAUGGUCGACACUGAGAGCCAAUUAGUAAGGAAGAAAGGAAGAGACAAAAAACAAGCAGAGAGUGGAAAUAUGAUUCAGUCGAAGGUAGCGGCGCUUAGAAAAAGGUACCUGACUCAGCCAGCUGACCUUACGACCCCUAAUAAGUCACCGGAGACCCCCCACAGGAAGUACACUGGACGACACAAGACUCAGCCAAUCACACCGGAGGAAAAGAAACAAGCGGAGGGACAAGAGGGGAACAGUUCUAUAAAAGACAGGUUAAAUGCACUGAAGAAGAGUGGAGACGAGGAAUGGCGAAAGAGAGUUUCCAAGAACCUUGACUUUGAUAGUCCUAUCGAUGUAAAAGGGAGAGCAGCCAGUCCUGUCGAGGUGAAACUUCGGGAGAAGCGAUCAUUGUCUCCAACUGCCAGGCCGUCUAGUAUCGCAGAUAGACUAAUUCAGAUCAAGAGUUCGCAGGAAGGAUGGAAGGGUCGAGUGGAGGAAACAGAUGCUAAGAAAUUCACAGUAGCUCAUAAAAUAGCUGGCCAAGUAGAAGAUAGUCCCUUAGUCUCAAAGCUGAAGCGUCUAACUAAAAGAGAGUCCGAUUCUGAAUCAGGGUCGGAGAUCACCUCACCAUCGACCCCCAGCAAAGACUGGCCCAAAAUUCCCUUUCCGACCACACUGGUGUCAGGGCCACCAGUGGUUGAUGUUGCCAUGGAGAUAAAGGCCGAGGAGGAGGAAGAAGAAGACAAGGGGCCGGUCAAAGUCAGUGUCCCACAGCAAGAGAGCCUGGAGGCCUUCUUCAUCACCAAGUCCACCGAACUCAUUAUCCAGAACGAAAAAAUAGAUGUUGAAGUCGACACCUUUGAUGAUCUAUUUAUAGAAGCAAAUGACAUUUUGGAAACAAAAAGAAAGAUUCGACCAAAACGUAAAUAUACAGCCCGCAGUAAAAAUCCCCUGAAGACAAUGUCCAUGAACUUGGAGGUCAAGUCAGAGUAUGAAGAGGUCAAGGUUGGAUAUGCAGAGCAAGAGUUAAAGCGCCAAAAGACGGCACAAUUUUCCAAGGAAGCUGGGUUUGCUCAGGAAGCGCUAGCUGGACUUGCCAGCAAGGAGAAUUUCUCCAAGGUCUCUCUACGAAAGACUGCAGAGCAGGCAACCAGUGGCACCUCGCGCCUUGAACCCUACAAGGACCUGAUGCUGCUCCACGUCAAAGGCCGUCGGCGUGUACAGACACGACUCGUGGAGCCUGUGGCAAUGUCGAUAAACAGUGGUGACUGUUAUGUUCUGGUAACCCCAGACAAAGCUUUUACCUGGAUGGGAGAGUACUGUAAUGUUAUAGAAAAGGCUAAGGCUGCAGAUGUUGCCUCGAUGAUUGUCCAGAAGAAAGACAUGGGAUGUAAGGGGGCGACGGCUGUGGGAUCAGUGGAGCAGGCCCGCCAACACCUCGGUACAGGCAAACAGUUCUGGGCCGCACUCGGAGGACAGAAGGAAGUAGCACCGGGCGGUCCGACAGAGGAGGAUGAGCUGUACGAAAACCACAUUGUUGAAACAAACAUGAUAUACCAUCUCAAAGACAACACCCUUCAACCUUACCAAGAGUACUGGGGUUCCGUCCCCAAGUAUGAAAUGCUUAAAAAAGACGAGGUCAUUAUCUUUGACUACGGUACAGAGUUUUACAUCUGGCAAGGGAAGGCUGUCAAACCAGACCAACGUAAACUGGCUGUCAAACUGGCACGCCAACUAUGGGAAAAGGGAUACGAUUACAGCAGCUGCGCAAUCAACCCCCUCUGUCUAAAACUGGAGGAAGAGGGCGGGCUACCAAUGAAGGAUUCUGUUCGGCCAUCCUGGACACUGUUUGGCAAGGUCAAUCAGAACAUGGAAACUGUCCUGUUUAAAGAGAAGUUCUCUGAUUGGCCAGAUAACUCUCGCCUUAUAAAGUGUAAAAGUCAAACAGAUCUUUCUGGAAAUAAGGUGGAUUUAGUGGAGCUGAAACCUUAUGAUGCCAAAUUAAUGAUUCCUGUCGACACCAAACCGGUGUCCCUACUACUGGAGGGAUCUCAUGUCGGCAGAGGAGUGCAAUGGUUUGAGGACAUGGAGGGCUUCACAAGAGAGCAGAGUAUAGUUACUUUGGGCGUAACUAUCUGGCAUGUCCUCGAGUAUGACCACUUUAAGAUGCCGGAUCUGAGCUUCGGCCAGUUCCAUGAUGGUGACACUUACGUAGUGCGAUGGCAGUAUAUGAUAACACAAGCAGGCACGAAGGGUCUGAAAGGAACCCAGUCUCGCCGGUCACAAGUUGGGCGUGAGAGAUGUGCUUACUUCUUCUGGCAGGGACGUAAUUCCACUAUCAAUGAGAAAGGGGCGUCUGCUCUCAUGACAGUGGAACUGGACGAGGAAAGAGGCCCUCAGAUACGUGUAGAUGAAGCCAAAGAGAUGCCUUGCUUCCUCAACCUGUUUGGUGGGAAGAUGAUGAUACACAUUGGUAAACGCGAGGAAGAAGAUACAAAUACCCAGGGUUCCUGGCGGUUUUACUGUGUUCGAAAUGACUGUACGAAUGAGGCAUGUCUAAUGGAGGUUCAGGCGGGCAUGGAGUGUUUACGAAGCCGUUCCUCCUUCAUCUUACUCAAUAUUAAUAGUGGUCUUCUCUACAUCUGGCAUGGUGCCAAAUCUCCUGACCACAUACGUGUCCUCACCAAAGCAGCUGUUGACAACCUCAAAGCCCAGUGUCCUUUGGAAGUUGGUCUCCAUGAAAAAGCUGAAAUUUAUGUGAUAGAAAUGGAGGAGGGUGCUGAACGUGAUGAUUUCCUCAAGGUCAUGGGGUCAGCCAACGAGGACAGAUUUGUGUACCAUUCACUACUGUCAGAUCGCCAACUCUACAACUACACGAUCAGACUUUUCCACAUGUCAAGUGUGUCCGGAGUGUUUGAAGUUCAUGAAAUCCAGAACCCGUCCCGUACCCCAGAUCUAGUCACCACGUAUCCCUUCCUACAGUCGGACCUCUACAAGGCCUCCCAGCCUGGCCUGUUUCUAGUGGAUAACCACCACACAGUGUUUCUGUGGCACGGCUGGUGGCCCGAAGGAGACGCAGAAGUGGACAAUGUCAUCACGGGGUCCGCUCAGGCCAGGUUCAAUGUUGACCGCAAAUGUGCAAUAGAUACAGUUCUUCAUUACUGCCAAGAGAAGAACAUGGACAACACUCCCCCUGCCUACGCUGUUCACGCAGGUCUAGAGCCUCCGUGUUUCACUAAUCUGUUCCCCUACUGGGAGGUGGAUAGCAGUGUCAAAGGGAUCAAUCUCAGGGAUGGUAAAACUGAUGGUGAGAUGGUCUCUUUGCACGAAAUUCUUGAGAAAAUGACCAAGGCAUGUUACACAUUCGCUGAACUGCAAGAGCGCCCUCUGCCUGAGGGAGUCGAUCCGUUGAAGCUGGAAAAAUACUUGAUAGACGAUGAAUUUGAAGAGACCUUAGGAAUGACCAAAGAUGCAUUUUAUGCACUUCCAAUGUGGCAACAACAUCAACUGAAAAAGGAUGUUGAUCUUUUCUAGAGAAAUCCAUUCUUUCUAAAUUGACAACAACUUAUGUCUCACCAAGGGAGAUAACUGUUCUUAAGUCUCUUACAUCACAAUUAUUUAUAAAGGGAGGUAACUGCUGAGAUAUUUAUGAAUGGAUAUGACAAUAAAUUGAUCAUGCUCUGGUCUUUCUACAAAGGGAAGUAACUGUGUCUAGCUUCACACUUGUGUUGUUAACAAAGGGACAUAACCAUUAACAUUUAACUGAGAUGUGUGACAUCCAAUGUAUUGAGAUUGAAUCUUCAGCAAUGUUUGGCCUAGUUUCAGGUCUAUACAAAUAAAGGUGCUUCAUGUUUUUUUUUUAAUAUACUCAAAUUUUGUUGAAAAUCCUACGUUCUUGAAAUCAUUGACAGCUUUCUUACAACUAUUUUUUAUACAAAUUUAAAUUUUUUUUCUUGCAAUUUGUUUGUCACAUAUGUUUUCUGUAUUUUAUUGUAUGAAGUGUCAACAUAGAAAUUAUUAUUCAGAAAAUUCUGUAACCCAUUAUUCCUUAAUAACGAAAAACUUAAUUAACACCUGGAAGUUUUGUUCCAAUAAAUCAAUUGACCAUAACUUGAAAAUUGAAAUAUUUUAUCAAGUGAGAAUACGAAGAUCUUAGCAGGACUAGAUUAGAUACCCGUUACUCUGCUUUGAUUUACUUACUUUCCGCAGGGCCAAAUUUAAGUAGCCAGUGUUUGAAGCAUCCAUAAAAUGGCGGUUACUUGAUAAUACUAGUACCCUGAUAAAUUGUUGGAGCUUGUUUUGUUUGUAGCAUGUGAUUAAUUUUUUUCUUUUUAAAGGCAGCGCAACCUUGAAGAUUAGCAUUGUUAUAACAUGCCUCCCACAUUUAGUUUUCAUUGGUUGUAUGCAGAAUCUUAUUCAACUAUUAAGAGUUCUAACAAUGGAGGUUUACUCCAGAUUUUCACAUGAGAUACAUAACUUUGCUUUUCAUAAAUUUAAAAGAAGAAGAAUUUCACUAUAUGAUCCGAGAUUGCAUAAAUAUAAUUAAAGAAGAAGAAUUUCACUAUAUGAUCCGAGAUUGCAUAAAUUUAUUUAAAGAAGAAGAAUUUCACCAUAUGAUCCGAGAUUGCAUAAAAUUCAUAGCAGAACAAAAAUUGUUUGAUACAUGGCUUUUGGACAUAAUUUAAUUAAAAAUGAAGAAUUUCACCAAAUGAUUCGAGAUUGUGUAAGAUUCAUAGAAGAAACAAAAUUUUUUGAUACAUGGCUUUUGGAUAUAAAGAUUGAUUUUUAUUUGGAUUCAGGGCAAUUUUACAAACCACCUCUGUUUCUGCAAUAUGGUCAUUAUAUCAGUUUAAAGUCAGAAAUGUGAAUUAGGUGAAAGCAUUAUUGAUGUCCGUGUUAAAUCCAGACCUUUUUUUCAUUAUAUUGAUACUUAUAAUCUUGCCAGCUUUUCUGUACAAGUGUGUUGUGGCAUUAUUGUAAAUCAGCAUUAUAGUCCAUCUGAUUAAAACAUCCGACAUAUCAGUCUCGCAUUGUCUAAUAUCGUCGCUGUUUGUGCUGCAUUAUAUUUUUGUGAUGUCUCAUGUCCACCAUCAAAAUGUGUCGGUUAGGUUACAAGUCUGUGAUGUUAUUGUGUGUAGAUUUGUAAUCAUGGUAUAUCUCGAUCCUUUGAUCUCCUUAUUUUCCAUGAAGCUUUACGAUUACUCUACUGUUAUUAUUAAAUGCAUAAUGUGUUUAACAGUUCUCCCUCACAAAUUACUUAUGCUCAAUAAUAAUAUAUAAACUCAACUGACAUAGUAGACAAAAUUAAAGGAGGAAUUUCAAAAAUUUAACUUCACCGAGAUUUUUUUUUUUUAAAUUUUUAUCAACAGAAAAAAAACAACAAAUAUUGCUCCAGUCACCAUCUAAAAUUUUAAAUUGGGAAGGUAUAUGUGGUUUGGAGUAAACUUCUACACUGUGAGGUUCUUGUAUAAAUUCAGACAUAUUUAUUUAAAAGGUCUGUACUAGAUCUUGAACAAUCUAAACUAUAUUGUACUUCAUGAAGUAGUGUUUCAGAAAGCUAUGGUUGUGUUUCAUUUUAAAUUUUCAGAUUUAGAUGUCGUGUCUGCCUGUAAAUAUAUCUAAACAUGUGCAAUUUAUCUAUGACUUUGAAAAUCAUCAUUCUCCAAGAAAAUAUUUUAAUGCAAAAACGUUUCUCUAUUGUAUAAAAACAUGACUCAAGUUUGAUCCAACUAGAAAUCUCCUGUUCACCCCUAUUUCAGAAAUGAACCUUCCCUUUCCAAAUGUUUUUGGAAUAUUCUAUAUUGUGAUAUAGGGGUUGGCAAGUGAUAUUUGAUAUAAAAUACAUUACGUAUAGAUAUAAUUAUAUAUUUACAAGCUGCCAGUUGACUUGGCAAAUUUCUCAUGUUACUGCAAAUCUGUGAUGCUUAUACAUAUAUACUAAGCUUAUAUUAUAAUUAUCGAGUUUGAUAUAUUUUUUUUAAUUAACAUAUAUGUUGAAUUUAGCGCUUAUUGUGCUGGCUUUCAUUGUAGAUAGUGAUGUACAUAUUUGUGUGUGUAAGAUAAUAUAUAUAGAGGUCUGUUGUAGGUCAGACUUAUAUAUGUGUAUGGAUAGGUUGAUAUGUAUAAUUUGUUGUAUAUAAUCUAUUAAAAAUCCAUGCAAAUAAAAAUUUUAAAAAAGUGCUUAAGAUCAUCUAAAAAUAAUAAAAUGAUUAAAAAACUUGCUAAAUUUGAA